UGUGAUGUUUUCUUGGUUGCCUAUGUCUUUCAUCUGCAGAUCGUGGUUCCUGUAACUGCAGGGGAACCAGCCCCACUCUUUCCUCUGGAGGACCAUCCCUCUAGGGUCUCUGAGGAACAAUGGAAGUCCUGGGGUUCCUCAGACUGGAAGCCAGUGGCCCCAUGGUGAUGGUGGCCCUGUCAGUGGUCCUCUUGGUUCUCCUGAAGUGGUACUCCACAUCAGCAUUUUCAAGACUAGAGAAGCUGGGCAUCAGACAUCCCAAGCCUUCUCCUUUUAUUGGAAACUUGACAUUUUUCCGCCAGGGUUUCUGGGAAAGCCAGAUGGAGCUCAGAAAGCAAUAUGGACCUCUGAGUGGGUACUAUCUUGGUCGUCGGAUGUUUAUUGUUGUCUCUGACCCAGACAUGAUCAAGCAGGUGUUGGUUGAGAAGUUCAGUAACUUCACCAACAGAAUGGCGUCAGGUUUGGAGCCCAAACCGGUAGCCAACAGUGUCCUGUUUUUACGUGACAAAAGAUGGGAAGAGGUCAGAAGUGUCCUGACUUCUGCUUUCAGUCCUGAAAAGCUGAAUGAGUUAGCCCUGUUAUAUACCAAGGAGAGAGUAAAAGGUCACGUGGGUGCCCAUCAGGCUCCACCCACUCAAGCCGGACUUUUGGGGUCAAUCUACAUGAGUGUUCAUAAUACCAUUCUUUCUUUCUGUAUGACUCCUCUAAUCAGCCAAGCCUGCAACCUGCUCCUGGCCCAUUUAAAGCAGUAUGCAGAAUCCAGGGAAGCUUUCGACAUCCAGAGGUGCUACUGCUGCUACACCACAGAUACGGUUGCCAGCGUCGCCUUUGGCACCCAGGUGAACUCCUGGAAGGCUCCCGGACACCCCUUUGUGAAGCACUGCCGGCGCUUCUUUGAAUCCUCAAUCCCCAGACCUAUCCUGGUUUUAAUCUUAUCAUUUCCAUCCAUAAUGGUCCCACUGGCCCGGAUUUUGCCCAAUAAGAACCGAGAUGAACUGAAUGGCUUUUUUAACAAACUCAUUAGGAAUGUGAUUGCCUUGCGGGACCAGCAAGCAGCAGAAGAGAGGCAGAGAGAUUUCCUCCAAAUGGUCCUGGAUGUCCGACAUUCCACCACCUCCGUGGGCGUGGAGAACUUUGACAUGGUCAGACAAGUCUUCUCUGCCACUGAAUGCACAGUGAACCCUUCCCAGCAACACCAGCCCAGACUCCUGUCCAAGCCUUUGACUGUGGAUGAGGUCGUGGGCCAGGCCUUCAUCUUCCUCAUCGCUGGCUACGAGAUCAUCACCAACACUCUCUCGUUCGCCACCUACCUCCUGGCCACCAACCCUGACUGCCAAAAGAAGCUUCUGAGAGAGGUGGACCAUUUCAGCGAGAAACAUCCGGCCCCUGAGUACUGCAGCCUCCAGAAAGGCCUGCCCUACCUGGACAUGGUGAUUGCAGAGACCUUGAGGAUGUACCCACCGGCUUUCAGGUUCACACGGGAGGCAGCACAGGACUGUGAAGUGCUGGGGCAGCGCAUCCCCGCGGGCGCCGUGCUGGAGAUGGCCGUGGGCGCCCUGCACCAUGACCCUGAGCACUGGCCGCGCCCUGAGACCUUCGACCCUGAGAGGUUCACGGCCGAGGCCCGGCGGCGCCAGCGGCCCUUCACGUACCUGCCAUUCGGGGCAGGUCCCCGGAGCUGCCUCGGGGUGAGACUGGGGCUCUUGGAGGUCAAGCUGACGCUGCUCCAUGUCCUGCGCAAGUUCCGGUUCGAAGCCUGUCCCGAGACUCAGAUACCGCUGCAGCUAGAAUCCAAAUCUGCCCUAGGUCCAAAGAAUGGCAUCUACAUCAGGAUUGUCUCCCGCUGACAAAGUCAUGACCAGCCCCUAAUUCAAAGAAAACCCUCAUUUGGAAAUUCAGAUUUUUGGAAAAACAUCACCGAAGCAACUGAAAGUGCGCCUGGCAUAUGAGUAUAAAA